AUGUCGACAGUGAUGGAUGAAACAGCCACGGAUCUCCCAGUCAGGGAUGUAGGACUGAUGAGGGGGGGACUGAUGCCAACUGUCCCAGCAGACCCUCAGCGCCUGUUUCGGUUUCCCAGAGAGCACCUGGAGGACCUGUGUCUCAGACUGCAGGAGGAAAACAGCGUGCUCAGACAACACACCCGAACACAGGAGCAGAGGCUGCGCAGGUGA